UCAAGGUCGUAGAGAUAAGACUUCUCAUUAGCCGGUGCCCGCCGUUUUGUACAUGUAUUAUAGUUUUGAAUGGGCCUCGUUGGCACUCACGAAUUGUUUUGUGCUGCAUUCCAGAUGUCGUGUUAUGUACUGGAUGUGUUGGAAAAACAAAGCGCACAACCGGUUGCACAAACGCUAUACCGGUUGCUUAACCAAAAAAAAAAAUAAAAAAGAAGCAGACGUUCUCACGUCAGCCGCUAGUCGGUAAAAGUUUUCCUACUUUAUGUUCUUUUUCUGAAUACUCACUUCCAUAAAAUUCGUCCACACUACAGGUUAUAUAUUUUGUAAACCUAAAUUUAUCCAUUCACAUUUCGAAUAGACUCUUCUCUCAGUGUGAACCUAAGGUUAUGGGCCCAGUGUCGCAAAUUAUAUUAGACUCUACUGAAAAUGGCUUGUGCCAAUAAAAGUCUGGCUCACGUGGUCAAGUUUGAUGGGUCCAACCUACCACUCUGGAGGUUAGGACUUGACGUGGCUUUAGAAGAACACGAUAUGCAAUCUGUCACUGAUGGAACACUUCUUUGCCCACCUGAGAUAAGACAAGUAACUGAACAAGUUCCAUCUGUCGAAGGAGGACCAGUCACUCCAACAUAUGGACCCAUCAUCAACACUGAUGCCAUUAGAGAGUGGAAAAUCAAAGACUGUACUGCACGACGCAUCCUCCUUACCACGAUCGAACUGAAGUUGCAAAAUACGUUGGUUGGCUGCGAAACAGCAUUCCAGAUUUGGACUCGCCUAAACUCACAGCACAACAAGUGUGCAGCCAACAACAUGUACAUUAUACAAAGGAGUUUCCUAAACUACGAAUACCAAACGGGUCACAGCGCUAUGGACCAUAUAACUGCUAUAGAAACUAUUGCUGAGCAGCUCAAAAACAUGGGGGAACCUCAAACUCGGCUCCAGAUCUGCACAAAAAUCAUCUACACACUGCCACCACACCUUCAUGGUUUCAUAGCAGUCUGGGAAGCUCUCCCAGAAGAAGAACAAACUAUCGCCUUGUUAACAGCAAAAAUACUCAAUGAAGAAAGCAAGAACGCAAUUUUCGAACCUCAAGAAUAUGACCAUGGUUACCGUGCCUCUUCUAACAGAGGGUACCGUGGAGAAUAUGGUAGUGGCAGAGGAGGUUUUUCUGGCCCAGGUAAACACCAUGAUGGUCCACCUGCUGCCAAGAAACCCAGAUACAACGGACCACUGUGUGACCACUGUCAUCCAAAAGGCUUUGUAGCCACACACCCAUUCGCUGAAUGCAGAAAACAUGCACAAUCCUUGAAAUGAGACUCGGUCAACACCGCUUUUCCUCGAUCAACUUCGUCCAAUGAAUCAAAUUUUCUCAAUUCACCAAGC